CAAAGUGGUAGAUAAAGUGCUAUCAAUAAAUUUUUAUUUUUACAAAAAGUAUACAAUUAAAACAUAAUAAUAAUUUAUUAGGAAGGAUUUGAAUUAAUUAAUUUCAUUGUUACUUUCUACAAUUAGUAUCAAACCAGUUAGGAUCUUGUUUAAUAAACAAAAAUAUGUCAGAGCAGGGACAGUUUAGUAACAACAGCACUAAUUCUGAAGAAGGGGACGUUUCAGGGGCCCCUAUGAAUAAAAAUCAGACUCCCAAUCAAACACAAAAUGCAGCCUCAACUAAUAAGCAACCUGCCUCAAGACAGACUAAUUUGCAAAGGAUACAACAGAAAAAACAGGCCGUUUUGGCUUUUCCAUAUAAUAAAAAGUUGUUAAAGCUUGCCAUUUAUUCCAAAUGCCAGAGUGAAAACUGCAUUUGUACCGGUUGGAAAAAGACUGACCCCAACAUGCAAGAACCCACAUUCACCGAUCCCUGUCGUUGCGAGCAUCCUUUAGAAAUGCACAUUUCUCAUUUACGUAACAAAACUGAAGAGGAAUUAAACCGUCUCCUUCGUAUGGUGGUCGACAUCGACAACAUGGGCACUGCCAUGAGUCGAGAAGAAAACACUGAAACGAAAAAAGUUUACACUUACUUAUUCCAUUUAUUGCGUAAAUGUAUCCUAACCCUUGAUACACCCGUUGUCGAAAGCUCUCUUGGCCAGCCCCCAUUCGAAAAACCUUGCAUCCACAAGGCAAUAACAAACUUACUAGUUUACAAAUUCUCACAUUUGGCCCAACAAGAGUGGAAGACAAUGUAUGAAGUGGCCCGAAUUCUCCUCCACUGUUUGAACACUUGGGAGUUCCCGAGUCCAAGCAGCCAGAAGCACAUCGUAAGCCCGGAAGAAGCCACAGUUUACAAAAUGGAACACAUGCGAUGGCUUGUGUUUUGCAACGUACCGACAUUUUGCGACUCUUUAAAACAUUACGACACUACUAUGGUGUUUGGCAGGACUCUUCUUCGGGCUGUUUUUAAUUACAUGAGAAAGCAAAUAAUGGACCAGUUUAACCGAGAGAGAGACAAAAUGCCCCAAGAACGUCGAGUUAUGUUACUCACACAUUUUCCUCCCUUUUUGAAAACUUUAAACGAAGAAAUUUACGCGCAGGAUUCCCCGAUUUGGGACCCUGAGUUCAAACAAGGACCCCCACAACACUUCCAGAAUUUAUUUGAAUCGGGGAAAAACAAAAGUAGGGAAUUGAAAACCAAUCAAAUUUGCCUUCAUUAUUUUUUUUCAGCGAAUGCCAAGCGAGGACCGACUGAAUUACAGGAAAGAGAUGCGAAAUCGGGCAAAAGUGGGGAAACACCGAGUCGGGAGACUAAACGAAGGAGGGCACAGGAUGAUCAGUUUGAGGACAUUCCCACGGAGACUGUCGCACAAAUCAUUGCAACGAUUGAUGAUCCUAAUUAUAUGACCGGGCCUGAUCUGAUUUUUUCUGAGAAUGCACCUGCCACAGACGAGGCUCCCAAACUUUUAGAAAAACGAAAAGUAAUCGAAAUGCAUGUUAUUGGUAAUAGUUUAACUGAAACCGUUUCGAAACAGACAAUGUUGUGGUUUAUUGGUCUACAAAAUGUGUUUUCGCUUCAGUUACCCCGAAUGCCGAUCGAAUAUAUCACCCAAUUAUUAUUUGAUCCGAAACAUCGGACUAUUGCACUGAUAAAAGAAAAUCGUCCAAUCGGUGGUAUUUGUUUCAGACCUUUUGAAACUCAAGGUUUCACCGAAAUUGUUUUUUGUGCUGUUACUUUCAGCGAGCAAAUUAAAGGCUACGGCACUCACCUAAUGAACCAUCUUAAAGACUACCACAUUCGCAAAGGCAUUCUCCACUUUUUGACCUUCGCAGACGAGAACGCGAUUGGUUAUUUCGAACGUCAAGGCUUUUCCAAAGACAUCAAACUCAACCGGUCCAUUUAUCAAGGCUAUAUUAAAGACUACGAGGGUGCCACUCUCAUGCAUUGUGAAUUGAACCCCAAAAUCAUCUACACUGAAUUCACUUCAGUCGUGAGGAGGCAAAAGAAGUUCGUAAAACAGUUGAUUUAUCAACAGCAGAGGAACGUGUCAAAGGUCCACCCCGGGUUGACUUUCUUCAAAGAAGGAGUGAAAAACAUUCCAAUUGAGUCCAUUCCGGGGCUGCAGGAGACGGGGUGGAAGCCAGCCGCAAGGGCCACUCGGGGGGCCCAACAGCUGGAAGAGUCGCAGGAUAUUGAUGUGUUGGCUGAUAUGCUAAAAACUGUGCUCCAGGCGGUGAAGAGUCACGAAGACUCGUGGCCGUUUAGACUUCCGGUUGAUAAAAAUGACGUUCCGGAUUAUUAUGACCACAUCAAGUAUCCUAUGGAUUUGAAAACAAUGGCCGAUCGGCUGAAAUCAAGGUAUUACGUGUCGAGGCGAUUGUUUAUCGCUGAUAUGAUGCGAAUUUUCCGAAAUUGUAAAAUUUAUAAUUCUCCAGAGACGGAGUAUUAUCAGUGUGCUGUGAACUUGCAGCAGUACUUCCAGACGAAGAUGAAGGAAGUUGGUUUAUGGGACAAAUAAGAGAUUAAGAGAAAACCAAUAUAUUUAGUGUUUUAUACAUUACAUAAUAAAACGAGUAUGAAUAAUAAAAAUGACUAGUAAAAUUGA